AUGACAUUAAUUUAUUCUAAUAAACAUGAAUUGACUACUAGUGAUUCUUGGUAUAUAAAUACAUGUUCUAAUGAUGAAUAUGAUAAUUUAAUUAAUAAUUUUCUCGAUGAUAUCUAUGAAAAUAACUACGAUAAAGUUGAAGAUGGUUUAAAAUUGGGAAUUUUUGUUGAUGUAAGAGAUGAUGAUAAUUACACUCCUCUUCAUAUAGCAGCAUCAAAUGGUUUUGUUGAUAUUGUGAAACUUUUAAUUUCUUAUGGUGCUGAUGUUAAUGCUACUGAUAAUGCUCUAAUGACUCCAUUAAUGCAUUCAUGUUUUUCUGGAUGUAUUGAGGUAGCUGAAAUUUUAAUAUCUAAUGGAGCAAACGUUUUUGCUACUUCAUUUUAUCAAAUUGAUGUUAUUUCAUAUGCUGCUUAUUAUGAUAACAUUGAACAAAAUUGUUGCAUGGUAUCUCCAUUAAUUGCAUCUUGUGCUUCUGAAAGUAUCAUAACUAUAAUUUAUCUUUGCAUGUUUAAAGAUGUAGAUAUAAAUAGAAGAAUUGAAAAUUUACUAAAUAUGUCUGCAUUAGAUUAUUGUAUAAUUACAGAUAAGAUGGAUAUAUGUGACUUAUUAAUAGAACUUGGAUCAGAUGUUAAUAUGAUUUCAUUUAACAGUGGGACAGCAAAAAAAUUAAGGUCUCUUUUACAUAGAAGAGAAUUACAUUCAGAACUUGUAUAUGAUUCUAUUAGUCCUGAAAAAUUAAUUCCAGUAACACCAGAUAGUAGAAAAAAAGAUCGUCGUCAAAGGAAAGUAGAUAUUCGUUCUUUGGUACGUGAUGAGGAUAUUUUAUUAAUAAAUGAAAUACUAGUUAGAAAUAUACAAUAUGAAGGGCUACCUGAAAAUCACACUGGUUUAAUGUAUGCAGCUAUAAUUGGAAAUACAAAAAUUGCAGAAAUAUUUUUACAAUUAGGAGAAGAUAUUAACAAAAGAGAGCCAAUUCUUUGUUUUACACCAGUUAUGAUAGCUGCAGCUUGUGGAAAUGAUGAAAUGGUCCAAUAUCUGAUGGAAAAAGGUAGUUAUGUUGAUGCUGUUUCGAUUAAUGAUGUCACAUUGUAUGAUAUAAUGGUUAUGUCAAAAGGGAUAUCAAAAGAAACAUUUUUAUGUUAUGAUCAUUAUACAAAUUUUGGAAUGUCUUCUAGUUUUUCAAAUAAAAGAGAGAAAAUUUGGAAAAAAAUUGGUUCAUACUUUAAAAGUUCAAAAAAAAAGUAUCAUGUUAAUUUUUAUCCUGGUUGUAUUGCUUUAAAAAAAAGAAUAUAUGAUAAUAUGGAAAGGACAGAUAUAUUCAAUGAUGAAUUUUUUAAACAAUUUGAAUAUGAAAAAAUACCUUAUGAUAAUGACUCAAAAUGGUUAACAAUAAAUAUUGAUUAUAUAUCAGAUAAUGAUAUGAAUAAAUUAUUAGAAGAACCGAUACAAACGAAUACUUUGAUUUUAGAUAAUAUUCCUUGUGAAACAUAUAAUAAGAUAUUUUCUCAAAGUUCUGAAAAUACUUCUACUCUUGUUUCAUUAUCAGAAAGUAGUACAAGAAGUAAACUUGAAAAUCUAGAUAAUUAUUGUAUAUCAAAGGAAGAAAAUAAGAAAAUUACAAAAUUAGGAGAGGAAGAAAAAGUUUUUAGUACUACAUUUUUUGAUUCUACUGAAAUUGAAUAUAAUGAGAUAGAUGAAAAUUUAUUAGAUAUCCUUGUUGAUGCAGCAUUUACAAUGUUAGAUGGUUUGUAA